AUGGUGAAGUUCUCGCGGGAGUACGAUGCCAGCAUCAUCCCCGAGUGGAAGCCCGCCUUCGUCGACUACAGGGGCCUCAAGAAGCUCAUCAAGAGGAUCAAGGUCGAACGGCGCGACGCCGACGACAGCAGCAGCGCAGGAGACUCCUCGCCGGAGACUGCCGCCCUCGCCGCCGGCGUCGAGAGCGCCGGCUAUGGCGCUGGCUUCUCCGUGCUCGACCCCGUCCGCGCCCUCGCCGCCCGGUUCGCGCCCAGGGUGCAGGCCUCCAUGGAUGACGAGGAGAGCGGGGAUUCCGGCGAGCUCGUGCGAUCCACGGACAAGCAUGAGCGGGAGUUUCUGGAGAAGGCGGACGAGGAGCUGGAGAAGGUGAGCACCUUCUACGCGGCGCAGGAGGCGGAGCUGCUCGGCCGCGGCGAGGCGCUCAUCGACCAGCUCCGCAUCCUCGCCGACGUCAAGCGCAUCCUGGCCGACCACGCCGCCACCCGCCGCGCCCGGGGCUCUGGCCGCGGCCGCUCGGUACCGGCGGUGGCGCCGCCCUCGCCGGCGCUCAGCAACUCCGGCCGCUACCUCCUCUCGGGCCUCGCCACGCCGCAGUCCAUGUCAGAUGGGAGCGUGGAGCAGCAGCAGGCGCAGAUGACGGAGGGCGCGGCGGUGGCGGACGAGGUGAUGGCGGCGCUGGAGCGCAACGGCGUCAGCUUCGUGGGGCUGCCGGGGAAGAAGGACGCCAAGAAGGAGGGCAGCGGCAGGGGCGGGAGGCUGCAGCUGCCGUCGACGGUGCGCAUCGACAUACCGGCGAGCAACCCGGGGCGGGCGGCGCUCAAGGUGUGGGAGGAGCUGGUGAACGUGCUGCGCAAGGACGGCGCCGACCCCGCCGCCGCCUUCGUCCACCGCAAGAAGGUGCAGCACGCCGAGAAGAACAUCCGCGACGCCUUCAUGGCGCUCUACCGCGGCCUCGAGCUGCUCAAGAAGUUCAGUUCUCUGAAUGUAAAGGCCUUCACCAAGAUUCUCAAGAAAUUCGUCAAGGUGUCGGAGCAACAGCGAGCGACGGAUUUGUUCUCGCAGAAGGUGAAGAUAUCGUCGUUCAGCACGUCCGACAAGGUGCUUCAGCUGUCUGACGAGGUGGAGUCGCUCUUCCUGAACCACUUUGCGGGGAACGACAGGAUGGUGGCGAUGAAGUACCUCAACCCGCAGCAGCCCAAGAACACACACAUGAUCACCUUCCUCGUAGGCUUGUUCACGGGCACAUUUGUGAGUCUGUUCAUCAUAUACGCCAUCUUGGCCCAUGUUUCCGGCAUUUUUGCCUCUGCGGGAAAUACGGCCUACAUGGAGGUAGUCUACCAUGUUUUCAGCAUGUUCGCACUCAUCAGCCUGCACUGCUUCCUCCACGGGUGCAACCUCUUCAUGUGGAAGAGCACCAGGAUCAACCAGAACUUCAUCUUCGACUUCGCGCCCAACACGGCCCUCACGCACCGGGACGCCUUUCUCAUGUCCGCCUCCAUCAUGUGCACCGUGGUCGCCGCGCUGGUCAUCAACCUCUUCCUCAGGAACGCCGGUGCUUCCUACGCCAACGCCGUGCCAGGGGGGCUCGUAGUGUUGUCGAUCGGACUUUUAUUCUGUCCGUUCAACGUGUUCUACAGCUCGACGCGCUACUGCUUCAUGCGCAUAAUGUGCAGCAUCAUAUUCUCGCCGUUCUACAAGGUUCUGAUGGCCGAUUUCUUCAUGGCUGAUCAGUUAACUAGCCAGAUCCCAUUGUUAAGACACGUGGAGUUUGCGGCGUGCUACUUCAUGGCAGGAAGCUUUAGGGCUAACCCAUAUGAGACUUGUACUACCAGCCAGCAGUACAAACACCUGGCCUAUGUCAUCUCUUUUCUCCCUUACUAUUGGAGAGCUAUGCAGUGUUUAAGAAGGUACAUAGAGGAACAUGACAUAAAUCAGCUCGCCAACGCCGGGAAGUACGUGUCCGCGAUGGUGGCGGCUGCCGUCAGGUUCAAGUACAAUGUCACACCGACGCCAUUCUGGAUGUGGAUGGUCCUCAUCUCGUCCUCAGGCGCCACCGUCUACCAGCUCUACUGGGACUUUGUCAAGGAUUGGGGCUUUUUCACUCCCAAAUCUAAGAACCUAUGGCUCCGGGAUGAUCUCAUCCUGAAGAACAAGUUCACUUACUACAUUUCUAUGAUGCUAAAUCUAGUGCUUCGGCUAGCAUGGACUGAAAGUGUGAUGAAGAUCCGUGUUAGCAAGAACGAGACUCGCCUACUGGAUUUCUCCCUUGCCUCCUUGGAAAUAAUCCGACGUGGGCACUGGAACUUCUACAGGCUGGAGAACGAACACUUGAACAAUGUUGGCAAGUUCAGAGCAGUGAAGACUGUCCCAUUACCAUUUCGUGAACUCGAAACGGAUUGAUGAUUAAGACGGAGAGAAGAGCGUAACAACGUGCUCCCGAUACCAACACGGACCGGCGAUCGCCCACAUCCUCCAAGACGCUCCGUGCAACUGCUGCCGGCACGGCUGCCAUUGCCCAGACCAGCUCCAGCGAGUGCUCCCUGGGCGAGUAGCUCGCUCGUGACACCCCACUCCCCAGGCAAACGCGGUGCAGCAGGGGACGCCGAGCUUGGGGGCACCGUCCGUGGCGUCCCAGCAGCAGGAGGUGCUAGACACUGAAGUCAGGAUAACUUUGCACACUGAUAACAGUAGAUUGCUAGGCACCAAUUAGUGCAAACCACUAAUAUGGGGAUCAAUUGGUAUACCACCCAAUGUGAUGGCAAUGGAUUGAAGUACGGUUAUAAUCAAAACAAAG